ACUAAUAUAGAAGCAGGGUGGGCAAGAAAUGACCGAAACCCAGAUUUGUAAUGCAAUGCAUCGACUCGGGCAGCGGCAAUUCGCAAUCGUCUUUCGGUUUGCUUUGGGAAGUAUCCUUGUUGGUGUUCACAGCACAGCAGGGGCCAUGGGGCCAUCGGAAGGAGGCCCAAUAGCAGGCCCAACUACUGGCAGGAUCAUGGCCUCCACGACAGAUCUGCCGUUUGCUCAAGCAUGGCCCAACUGACAUGAAUGGCAUGCAGGUUGCAACUCCUGUCAAAGCCCUGAGGCAUGUUCAGAUUUGCAUGUUUGGACCGACUGUAGCACGGAAAUACAAGGAUUUGUUUCACAACACCUGGCAAGGAACACUUGCAUUCACUCACACUGUCUGGUGCACUGUCAUUGUCGUGACGCAGAUGUCCUUCAAGCUGGUCGGCGGGAUGUUUGGGCUUGUGAUGCUCCUGCUUGCGCUCCUGAUGUUCCGGCGGGCUGGCUGGCUGCUAGGAGAUGCGAGAGAGGACAUACAACGUGCCUUUGGUUGGAACACUUCUCAGGUACAGUCACUAUCCUUGGCAUUCGCCUCGACGUCCUCGAUGUCCUCGACGUCCUCAACAUCGACAUCGACCACAAGCUUUGAUCUUCCAAGAAAGGGUCUGAGGCCCCUGAGGCCCCUGACCACUCCACAGACUCCACAGACUCCACAGCCGCUACAGGUGACGUUGAGCCACUGCAAAGAUAGCAGUUCCCAGCGAGACUUCGCAAGUUACAUCAUCAGAGAAGCCGGCUUUGAACCUUCCAUGACGGUCGAUGCCUCGUACAAGACCUGCGGCCGCGCGACGGACUUGGUGAUUUUGUGCGAUGGCAAGGUGGGUGAUUUGAAGCAACACAUUGGCAGAUGUGAACCCAACACCCUCUUCAAGGGCUCCAGAAAGGUGGCGUACCAUCCACGAUUGGAAGAACUUGGCAGCAAAUCUGGUUUGUGCAAGAUUUCAAAUCUUGCAAGCGAACUGCGGGGAGUGGAGUUCCGGGUGGUGCCAGAAUGUUUUUCCGCCCCACAUGGCAUCCUGAACCAAAGUGUUCAAGCGCUCGCCCGGCAGUCUGGUGGAGAGCAGUCAAUGUGGGUUGGGAAGAAAAAUUUUGAGACCAUGGGGACUGGGAUAUUUUUCUUGACAGUACAAGACCUAUCCCAAGUUGAGCAAUUCAAAGUCCACACCUUGCAAAGAGCUGUUAUGAAAGUGCCUCUGUGGCACGAACGCAGAGUCGAAGUACGUCACUGGUUCGCUGUUACUUCCAUGGACCCGCCACGUGUUUAUGUUUGUGUUGGCCACGUGAUGUACAAGACGACCGGUUUGCCCAGCAUUCCUGAAGACCAACUUCGAAGCAUGACGGUCACUCAACGGCGACCCGCUCUGAUCUCCAAUGCCCAGAUGAAACCCGGGUCCAACCGAGAGUUCCAACGCUUCUUUGGCUCGGCCAACGACUUGCGGGAUGUACUGGCCAAGCAGGGCUUGGACACAGGGAUGAUCGCUGACCAGGUGGCUGAGAAGAUCACACGAGGGUUCUUAGCAGCGCACAACAAGACGUCCUGCCACAACAAGGAGCAACCGUACAACUGUGAGGAGCACAUGGCUUUUGGAGUGGCAGACAGUGUCAUUGAUCUGGAGCGCCGGGAGCCCUUUGUGCUGGAGCUCAUGUUCGUGCAAGAAGAUUGGAUGUUUCGCGGAGAAGGCUGGAAUGCCAACUCUCUGGCCAAAGAAGCAAUCCGGCAGCUGACCACCAUUUCUUUAGCGCCUUUAAAACAUUCUGCAGAAGAAGAAGCACUCUUAAAGUCUGCAUCUUCAAGUUUCCUGGCAACCCUGCAGAAGGACGCACUAAACGCAGCUAGAUCUAUGUGGGCUGAGGCCAAAGCCGCUAGCAUGCCGGGAAUGAGCUGUCCAUGUCUAGUGUGCCUGAAGCCCGAAAUGUUCUCGGCAUAUUUUCCUGAAGGAAAUACAUCAGAGAGCUUUGGUCAUCCGUGGAUGGCUUUCUAUGACCUGUAUCAGCGCGGGACGCUGCCGACGUGAAGAACAGCGCAGCACCGGACAGCGUCCGAUGGAGGAUGGACCAGGUCGCAAGUUCAAACUUUUUGGGAUG